AACCCACAUCUACCCCUUUAUAUAGAUCUUUGUAUUUGUACGAGCAAACGGGAACUAAUAGCUCAGUUUUGCCAGUAGAUGUGUGUCAGUAGUCACCAUGCUCCCUUGAAGGCAGCAGGUCAAGGUUUUCUAAACCGAAGGUCUUUUCGGUUCUCCCGUCUCUUCUCUCGAAACACUGUCCCGUGUCCCUGAUUCAAGCGCGCCCCCACUGCUCCUGACGCUACUCCGCGUGGAUCCGUCUGUGGGUGAAUGACUGCCAGACCAGCGGAAGAAUGGCUGUACCUCAAAGGAAUAUAUCGGGCAAUGAGACAAGUUAAUUUUGAUCUACAACUCCCAUUUUUGGAUGUCUUAACUGAGGGAUCAACUACUUCCUUUUAUUCUACCUUUAGCUUGUAGCAAUUAACGUUAAUUCGUAUCGCUUGGAUUUUUUUCAAUGCUGUUCUUUUGUUUGCGAAGAGGAAAAGAGCCAUCAGGUUAAGCGGACUCUGGUUUUCCGCUGUUUAAGGAGGGAAGUAAAGCUUUUUUUUUUUACUCGCUUGCAACAAUUUUAGCAGGGAUGUCAUCGGCACGGGUAGAUUACAUUGCACCAUGGUGGACGUAUUGGCUACAUAAUUUCCCCCAUAUCAACUUGAGGUUUCAGCCAGUCGAUCACACGUUCCUGCCGGAGGACGCGAAUUACCAGCAGACGCUGAUCUUCCUGUCGUGUGUGGCGGCGGCCGGUCUGGGUCUCAACCUGCUGGGCCUGGCCAUCUACCUCAGCUGCCUGUGCUGCUGCCGCAAGGACGAGGACGAGGACGAGAGCAAGAAGACCAACUCCUGCUGCGUCACCUGGUCCGCCGUGGCCGCAGGGCUCGUAUGCUGCGCUGCCGUGGGAGUGGGUUUCUAUGGCAACAGCGAGACCAACGAUGGAGUGUACCAGCUGACCUACUCCUUGUACAAUGCCAACCACACGCUGGGCGGCGUGGACAACCUGGUGACGGGCACCAUGGGUAGCAUGGAGAGCGGCCUGACGACGCAUCUGUCGCGGCUGGACGAGAUCUUCGCGGCGCGCGGCGACUUCGUGCAGACGCUGCAGUUCAUGCAGCAGAUGGCGGACAGCAUCAUCAAGCAGCUGCUGGGCCUGCCCGACUGGGACGAGCUGCCCGACCUGACCGCGGUCGCUAACCAGACCGCCCGCGUAGAGUACUACAGGUGGCUGACGUACCUGUUGAUCCUGAUCCUGGACCUGGUCAUCUGCCUGGCAGCCUGCCUCGGCCUGGCCAAACAGUCCCGCUGGCUCCUCACAACGAUGAUGGUCUUUGGGGUGCUUACACUGAUCCUGAGCUGGGCCUCGCUGGGAGCCGAAAUCGCUGCUGCUGUGGGUACAAGUGACUUCUGUGUAUCACCAGACAAGUUCAUAAUGAACCGGACUAAGGACUUCAUCAGAUCGGAUAUUGUGCAUUACUACCUGUAUUGUAGUCAGACUCUCCCCAACCCUUUUCAGCAGUCCCUGACGGUCUUCCAGAGGUCUCUGACCACAAUGCAGAUUCAGAUCCAGGGCCUGCUGCAGUUUGCUGUGCCUCUCUUCCCCACAGCUGAGAGGGACCUGACGAGCAUUCAGAAUUUGUUGAAUUCCUCAGAGGCCAGUCUUCACCAGCUCACUGCCCUGCUAGACUGCAGGGGACUGAACAAGGACUACCUGGAUGCCCUGAUGGGGGUGUGUUAUGACGGUGUGGAGGGGCUGCUGUAUCUGUGCCUCUUUUCCCUGCUGGCCUCCUGUGCCUUCACUGUCAUGCUGUGUGCCAUACCACGAGCCUGGAGACAGAUCGCCAACAGGGAACGUGAUUACGAUGACAUUGAUGAGGAGGAUCCGUUCAAUCCGUCGGCACGCCGCAUGACGAGCCACACCCCUGGUACCCAUGGCAACAUGCAGAGCUUCUGCAGCUACAGCAGCAGCAUGGGUAGCCAGACUAGCCUCCACCCUCCCACCCAGACCGUCAGCAACGCCCCAGUCUCUGAAUACAUGAACCAGACGGUGCUAUUUGGCGGUGCUAACCCUCGUUAUGAGAACGUUCCUCUGAUUGGCCGAGGCUCUCCUCCCCCUUCGAUAAACUCACAGCAAUUUAGAAACCGAUACUCCCCGACCAUGAGGGCCACCUACCUGUCCAUGACUGAGGACCAGAGGCGACACUUUGGGAACGACUUCCAAGCGUAGGCCUGCCGGGGUCCCGUCACGUCACGUCACUCUGUGUCUUCUCCACGCUUGAAAGUGAAAGUCAUACGGUCAACACAAACACAGACGCACACACACACACAGGAAAAUGAUAUCUCUCCAAAGUAAAAUUAUGUGUGUGUGUGUGUGGGAGCGAGAGAAAGAGAGAGAGAGAGAGAGAGAGAGAGAGAGAAAGAGAGAAAAAAAAGAGAGAGAGAGAGAUAGUGUGGCCUGAGCACUGGCCUGCCGCUUUUGGACAAUUACCUUGGGAGGAGGAGGAGGAGGAGGAAGAGGAGAAGCGUGUGAGAUUCCACGCCGUCGUCACCACAUGUCCAUGUCUUACCAUAGUCCACAGCAUCUCAGGACUAUUCAACAAUGCAACCCAUCAUCCCCUCUCCUGAUGUUCUCUGCUCUGCUCUGCUCUGCCUCCAGUCACCCCCUCCAGUGUCCACCGACUCCCCAGCCUAACUAACCCUGCCAUAUCAAAGUCUGAAUCUGUCAUAUCACUUCAAUGUUAAUGUUUACGUGAAUGGUUUUCGUCCAUUGGAACGCACACCAGCUCUUCUGUCGGUCUUCCUUAAAUGCUGGUUGUUUAUGAACAAGGACGGAAGAUGGAUCUUGAAUGGUAACAAAAGCACAUCUGUUGAACAGAACAUAUCUCAACAGACUUUAAAACGCCAGAGUUCUAGCUUUGGAAACUGUUUUGACCACGCACGAGGGACAUUAGGGAGGGUCUGAAUUAAUUUGACGUUUGGCGAUGCAUUUCAGUGGAAUCUCAUCAUAUGGAGGCCUUGCGCAAAUCCAGUCUUACAUGCAGUCUUCUCUGUGUAUAGUGAUAGGAAAAGUGUAGUGUGAAAUUAACUAAUGAUAGUGAUAGUAAUGUCAGUUUUGUAAUGAUAGCCAUUAAUCUAUCAUUUUUUACUUUGGCCAAUGUGAAUACAAAAAUUAAAAUCUCAUUAACAACAUUUUCUGUUUGUAUGAAAUAACAUUCUGGAUGCGAAUCCUGUUGUCUAUUUGGUAGUAAAGAAGAUUAUGUUGUUCAACAGAACAAAGCUUAGCAUGUCCUUUGCGCCCCUUAACCUUGUUUUUAACCUCCUGCCCCCAACAACCAAUGACUGUUACGAUCUGGCUAGUGAGUAUGAAGAUAGUUUUCUGGUCCUCAGAAUGAAUCCAACUUAUGUAUGUGUGUGUUUACAAAGACGUGUAUUCACCAGUGUUUAUUUGGGGGUGUGUAUGUGGCUAUAUCUGUGAUAUAUAUACACAGUCUGGCGGCCUGUGGAGAGCCUAUGACGUUUUGGAGCUGUUGACAUUUGACAUGUUACAAUAUUUAGACCACAAUAUCCUUAUUCCCAAAACUAUCAAAACAUUUUUUUAACGACAGUCAUGUAUUUUCUCCAAGUCCUUCAAAGCACAAAAUCAUAGAAAUGAAGUGUUUGUGAAAUUGAGGUAAGGAGUGAUGAGUCAGUAGAGGUACACAUGGUGUCCUAUCCUACUUCAUUCCUUGCACACUGAGCCAUUCAAAUGACACUUUCUUUUUGCAUAUCCUCCAUUGGGGCCUGAGUCCCUUUUCCCAUAGCCAUGGUAAAACUGUUAUCGAAGCAACCCACUUCUGUACAUAAAAUGUAUAAUAACAAAUUAUUUGUGUGUUUUUUGUGUGUGUGUGUGUGUAGCCUACAGCACAUGCAAGGCUCUUAAGCCACUAAAGUCUGACUAGUUUAACUAAAAGAACUUACAGAGUAAUUUGAGUUGCUCCAAGACCAUGAGCAAGGGGAAUAUUGUGGUAAAUGCAUUUCAUGUGUAGCCUUAUUGGUGAGAUUUUCUGAAUUGUCCAUAAUGGCACACUGUUGAAAUUAUGUUUUUAACAAAGUUUUUGUCUACUCUGUUGAGAAAGUAGACUAUAUUUCCCGUUUAGUAAAAAAAAACAUCUUUCCACCACUGUCUGAUUUCUCAUUGUGCGGAGUUUUUCAUGUUUUUUUUUUUCGUUCGCUUGUUUUUGUUCUGAUGUUGGGUGCAUGUGAGUCAACAUUGCCCUCCACAGUGAGUGGUGCAUUGUUUCUAGCCUAUGUGAAGUUAUUUCUCGGGAGAAGAAUAACGGUGUUGACAAUAAAAGUACUUUUAAACAUGA